AUGGGAAUUGCAAUCUCAAAAGUAUUGGCAGCAUUAUUUGGUAGUAAAGAAGUGCGGAUAUUAAUUUUGGGCCUUGAUAAUGCUGGCAAGACAACAAUAUUGUACCGUUUACAAGCCGAUGAGAUUGAAGAGACUGUACCUACUAUAGGAUUUAAUAUGGAGACAUUACAGUAUAAAAAUAUUAAGUUUCAAGUGUGGGAUCUCGGUGGCCAAACAAGUAUUCGACCCUAUUGGCGUUGCUAUUAUCCUAAUACGGACGCUCUCAUUUACGUUGUUGACUCGGCUGAUGUGGAUCGUCUUCAUAUUGCCAAGCAGGAGUUACAUGCGAUGCUUGAGGAGGAAGAGUUGAAAGACGCGAUCUUGUUGGUAUUUGCUAACAAACAAGACCAGAAUGGGGCGUUGAAUGCAGCUCAGAUUUCAGACGCAAUGGGUCUUUCAGACAUUCGCAACCGUCAAUGGUCGAUAAAGGAGACUACAGCAACACAAGGUUCAGGACUCUUUGAAGGAUUUGACUGGAUCGUGACCUGCAUAAAAGGCGAAUAG